CCGCGAUGAGCUGCGGCGCGAGAUGGGCAUCGUCCUCAACUCGCGCACGAGCUCCUACCGCAUCCUCCCGCCGCCGCAGCCGUCCGCCGGAGCCGCCACCAGUCGCUUGUUUGAGCCGUCGGCCGGCUGGUCCUCCUCCCGAGCAGAGGCGCCAGCGCCAGCGGGCGGAGGGGAAGCCUUGGCCCCCGCGAGCGCCGCAGAAGUGGUGGACGCCGCCCCGCCUGCGCCUGCAGCCUCAUUUGUGACUCCGGGCGCGGUGGGCUACUCGGACGAAGAGCUUCUCGCGGGCGUCGACUUGCCCGAGGAGACGCGACACGACUGAAGGGCUAUUUCCCAUUCUUUUGGGGGCGAAUGGCGGCGCUUUGUGGGCGGUUGACGUCGAAUGGCGAAUUGUGAUUGGCAUAUGUUUGUAUUCCGGGCGGGGAGACAGAGCGAGAGUCGAGAGAGGAGAACUAAGGAGCCCGCGCGCAGUGUGCUUGCCGAGGUGCGGAGGUGGAGACAGCGCAGUGUGUAGACUAGUGUUCACGUAAAA